AUGCCAGAGAGAUCAAGUAAAGCUGGGAAGGGGGGUCGAAGACCCCGUUUAGAGCCCACUGAGAAGCAGCGAGCUGAUAUCAAGGAAGCAUUUGACCUCUUCGAUGCUGAGGGCACGGGGACAAUUGACGCAAAGGAAGUGAGAGUGGCCUUGAGAGCCUUGGGAUUUGAACCGUCAGGAGAUGAACUGAAGAGGCUUAUUGCAGAAGUUGAACGGAAUAGAAAAGUUGCAAGGAAUAACGAGGGAGCGGAUAAGCAAAGAAACAGUACGAGUGUUCUGACCUCUGACACCGUCACUUUUUUCAUCGUUCGGCUAGUCCGAAGCUUAUCCAUGUUGUUGGAUGACAUAGGUCAUCAGGAGAAGCCUGAUACUUGUGUACGUGACACCAAACAGGACGAUUAA